CAACAACCCAAACGUCGCCCUCGGUUUCCUUAGGAGAGCCGAGUAGAGUAGAGUAGAGUCGAGUCAGUCAGAGUGACAGUCCACUGCUUCUGGUGCUCAUCGUCCUACCACCUGGUACCGGUACCUAAGUUAGAGCUCUACAGUAGUUAGUAAUAACCGAGAAUGCUUCAUGCUCGCCAAGUGGGGUUUCUCUUUCUGAUUUCCAUUGUUUCCAUUCUCAAACUUGCUUCCUAUCCAAUGGUGAAUGCAUUCCGUACGGUUUCGGGAUUCUGCGGUCGUCGCACUGGCAGCCGAUUUUACUCCUCUUCGAAUCGAAUCCGAGCCGAGACAUCAGUUUGUCGACGGCAUGCUGCUAGUGUGGCCGUCAUUGCUGCUGUUUCGUCCGCUACGGCGUUGGCAGCUCAAGGAGAUGGUCACGACUGGAGGCUCCAUGGCAGCCGCAAUCUGACCACGGCAUUUUGCGAAGAAACAACUCUCGAAACUGAUACAACCGAUGCGGUCUUUCCAGAGACUCUCCUGAAGUAUGAUCAUUACAACGGUGUCAUUGUGCAUUUGGAUUGGAUUCUCCAACAUCCGAACAAAACUGAAGAAGCGAGCUUGGAUGAGGAAAGUGAGAGACAGCAAAUUUUCCAGAAAUGGACCAGCAACCCACAAGAAUUUGAACAAGUCCUUGAGACUUCCUUACGGAAAUGGAGAGCCGAAGGGCGAAAAGGAAUUUGGGUUCAUCUGCCUCGCUCCAUGGCAUCUGUGGUUCCAGCAUGCAUCAAAUUGGGCUUUGAUUUCCACUCCUGCCAAACACACAACCGAAUCAAUGCUGGGUCUGAAACUGGAAGCACAAGUCUUAUAUUGAGUCAAUGGUUGCCCACAGAUGUCAAGUCAAGGUUACCCCUAGGGCCUUACUUUCAAGCAGGAGUAGGGUGUGUUGUGUUGCAUCCGAAGGAUUCCAGCAAAAUGCUAGUAGUGCAGGAAAUCACGGGUCCAGCAGCAGCUCGCAAGUUAUGGAAAAUGCCGACUGGCCUAAUUGACCCAGGGGAAGAUAUAGGUGAAGCAGCGCUGAGGGAAUUGGAAGAAGAAACUGGGUUGAAGGGUGCUACCUGCGAAGGAAUCUUAGCCUUUCGACAGGCACAUGGAGCUUCUGCUGGUCGAGCCGCAUCGGAUUUUUUCUUUGUCUGUCUCUUGUCCAUUCCAUCUACAGACGACGAUGCAAACCAACUCGACAAUCUGAAACCACAGGAACACGAAAUCAAAGACAUUCAAUGGAUGUCAGUUCAGAAAUAUGCUGACCAAGAUGUCUGGCAAGCGUCACCAACCUACAAAAAACUGAAUCAAGCAAUUUUGGAUGCUGUUGAAAACCAAAAGCAGGGUAAACCCGCUAGUUCGCUCAUUGCCUCUGAACAACUUACGGUGGGGUUCAUGCCAGGUCUCAACACUCUGUACAAAAGCAAAUUGUAACUGUAUAACGAAGUAUGAAACAUUGAGUUCCCUGUAAGCCAUAUACAAGUUUUCAAGGUAAAAGCAUUUUCCUUAUACUAGCAACAAUGGAGGAAGACAUUAUACACAAUUGCUGUCCAUGUUGCAUCCAAAGGAUUGCGGAGUAAGCGGAGGAAAAACCUGCCGUCAUCAAACCUGUCUUCAGUGGAUCUAAUCUGAUAUUCCCUUCUUUAAAAUUCAAACGGCUCACAAGUUACAGCUCUCCAACGUCGUGGACUUUUUUUAUGAAUGGAUGUAUUUUGACGAUUGAUGAAGGCUCACCUGGACAAGGAUUAGAUUCCGAACUUUUCCUCUCCCAUCUAAUGUGCAGAAUUUUCUGUCUCAUUGCUUGCGUUGUGAAUUGGCUUGAAUUGAACACUUCUUUUCUUCGUUUUGUUAUUAGAAUCUCCGACUUCCUUCUUGACCCAUCAUCAUUUUGGCUUGUAGUUUUGCGUGUUUCUUUGCUUCCUUUUUCUCUUUUUUGUCCUUUCGUUUCUUUUUGCGCUCUUUCUUUUUCUUUAGAGACUCGGGAGAGAGCAUCUGCGAAGCUCUCAUGGCAAUUUUCUGGACAUCGCUAAACGCGGAGGAUCCUACAUCAGCUCCUCCUUGUGGACCUUCAAAGGUGUCAUAACCACCCGCUGCGAUUCCAGGAUCUUCAAAGGCAGCCACUGUCUCGUAGGCGUUCUGCAAGUCCUUCCAUGUUGUUCCCAAAUGGUGUGUCUCUCUCAGGCUCUGCCGUCUCUCUUGUUCGUCCAUCAAAAACUCAGACAGCAUUUGCAGCGUGUUGGGACUCGCAAUCGAUUGAGUACUCCUCACCCGAUGAACCUUGGGAAGUUCAUCGGGACCUUCGUCUCCAGCGGGCAUCGUUGUUCUGAAUUGAAUGUACUGGUAUGUACUACUGUACUAGCUAGUAUAACUCCUUCCUUCAACAAGCUUUGAGUUUUGGCUCGUUACUGGUACCAGUACCGGUACGGAUGA